AGCAUUCCGUCUUCAUUAGUGAUACGAAAGCGAUAGCGUGAGAAACAGUAAAACUAUUUUGAUCAGAGCCGUAAUAUAUAUCAUAAGUUCAAUAUUGAUAUAUUCUACCAAUUAGCCGAAAUGCAGUUGAGCUUUUCAAUCGAUGUUAUACUCGGUAACACAACGAGCACAACUCAAAAUAAGCAGCAGUCUGAGAAUGCAACUCUGCCGGUACAGGAUAUAUCAAACAAAGGGGGAUUUACUUGCUCCACGCCUAAAAAAGAAGAAUGUAUGAGUCCGCGUUCCUACACAAUCGAAUGGAAACCGCCAACAUGUGAGAAAUCUCCUGAGUGCAACAAAAUGAAUCUUCACUCCAAAGUAAAUCAAGAAAAGAAAAUUUUAUCGGAUAAAACAAAAUCUUUGCUCCAGUCACCACCGAAUGCUCACGUCGUACCUUCAAAAGAUGCCGAUCAUUGUCAAGUGGAAGAUGAUUUUGUAUCUAAGAUGCACAGUCUCAAAGCGAUACAGAAAAACCUAUUUGCAUCCCGAUAUUUGCCUUAUCCAUCGGAGAUAUUAAAGCAUCAUCGGGUCCAUCAUCACCCACAUCAUUACCCAUACCAACUACCAUAUCUUCACGAUGCUAAUCUAUUGCAUUCUCCAGCAAUAACUCAUGGAAUAUUACCUUCUCCGUAUCAUUGUGCGCCCAAGAUUUUGGAAGGCCAGUAUCCCAAACCAAGUGAAAACCAAAUGUCCCAGAGAAUGUACACCCAUCCAUCAACUCCAGGACAAAAAAUUUCUUCCUCAGAAUCAGACAGUGAAGACAGACGCCAAAUAAAGAUCACUGCAACUUCUGAUUCUGAUCAUUCGACGUCACCUAUGUGCUCCCCAAACGACAGAGACCUAUCAAGUCAGGAAAAUCAUUCGGAUACAGAAAACAAAUCAAAAUCUGAAAACUGUUUGACUAAAGUCGAAGGAAAAUGCCAAGGGAAAUCCAAGCGUGUUGGACGUCGACUUUUCACUGGAUUUCAAAUUUUGGAGUUGGAAAAAACAUUCGCCCUAAAACCUUAUCUUAGUCGGAUGGAAAGAGCAUAUAUUUCUCAAAAAGUGAAUCUCACGGAGUGCCAAAUCAAAACAUGGUUCCAAAACAGAAGGACAAAAGAGAAACGACGUGGAAAUGGUUCUGAGGAAGACGAAGUUGUGAAAAAAUGUGGAUUCUCAAUUGCAAGAUAUUCCAACAAGCCUGUGCAUAUUCCUGGUUAUGGAAUCCAACUUGCUCCAACGUACGGGCCACCCGAUCAGCAUCUUAGGACUGCUAUAUUCGAUUAUUUUAAACGCAGAACGUCAACAGACAUGAUGGCUGCAUCACGCUGCUCAAAUUAAUUUUUCUUGUAAUACUUUCUGAAUUCAAACCUAUCUAUCGUUUUUUAUUAUUUAUUACUAAGCAAUCGAAGUAUGGUUAACCAUACAGGUAAAAGUAAAGUUUCCACUUUUUUUUUUUUGCCAUUUUGCCUUCAUUUAUUCAUAUUUUUAACUUUUCGUUGCAAUUGCCUAUUUCCCCCUUUCUAUAUAAUAUUAUCAUUGCAUAUUGAUACUUUAUUCAUAACAGUUCAUUAUUUAUUGGAAAUAAAAUUUAAAUUCAAUUCAAUAUACCGUGUAGAAAAAUGUUGUAUUCGAAAAACAAUGCAGUUUCUCGGCCGGACAAGGAAGUUUGUUGCUUACCACAAAAUAUGACCAAUGAAAAUAGCCAACUGUAUAGUACAAUCAUGUAACGUUAGAGAUUAAAUUUGGUAUAUAAAUAUAUACUUAAUGUUACUGUUGUCGUGGCAAACAACGUGCUAUUCAUAGCGAAAACAACGAUAUGAAAUAAAGUGAAUAAUAUUUCAAGUAUACAUGCAUAUUGUUUGAGAAUCAUCCGCCCUACUCCUAUCUCCUACAUACAAUUUGUGGCAAAUAUAGGCCACAGGGAAGCAAACGGAAAUUAACAGUCUAUUAUUUCAUUUGAUCAUUUAGCCUAAUCAUUGUAUUGGUAAUUACGGCUCUGUUUCAGCGAAGUUCCAAUGGUUCAUUAGCACGAAUACCACCUAAUCAGUUAUUUGGAUCCAGUUUCCCCUAUGAAAACAUUGCUCACAUCUGUGAAGGCAUUUAAUCGCAUGAUUCCAAUCGUAGUUUGGUAGGCUAUUUGUGAAACACUGAGUAUGUGGACUGAAAUUGCACCAAACUCUCAGUGACUCACAGCCGAAUGUAAUCAACUUUAAACUUCAAUCUCUAUCUUUCAAUUAAUUUAAACUGUCGAACAUCCAAGUAGGUUUUAUUACAUACUACACCGAGAGUAUGUUUAAUUUGUCGUUGAUAUAGAGACAAAGUAGAUCCUAGGCUAGUGCAAUUGAUUUUUUUGCAGACAAUUAACGAAAUAAUUCAGCGCCAAAGAGGGUUUGCAUCAAUUUCUGGUGUGGUUAAAAAUUGGUACAUUCCUGCGACCCGGCGCGCUCACUUAUAGUUUAUUUUUAUUCACUGUUGAAAAUUACUCCAGACAUUUUGAAAUUUGUUGCCAUUCUAAUACGUUUUAAAAUUAUUGCACAGUUUCAUUACAGACAUUUUUUCAAUACUGACGCUCCGACCAGACUAGACGACGUCAAGUGUAACGUCGCCCGUCGAGUGGUCUCAUCAAGACAAACGCUUUUUGGUGAUUGUGAUUCGUAU